CGUCUCUUCUGAUUAGUGACGACCGGCCGGGCGGGGGGCGGGGCCGUUACGUCACUCCAGCCGCUUCCUCCUGCGGGCUGGGAUUAAAGAUGGCGCCUUCGCACGUCCUGAGAUGCUGUCAGAGAGUGUUAGCCUGGAUUCCCGUGGUUUUUAUCGCCCUGGUUGUCUGCUGGUCCUACUACGCCUAUGUCGUGGAGCUGUGCAUCUUUACAAUCAAGAAUCCUGGUGAAAAGAUUGUCUACAUGGUGAUAUUUCACCUGUCGUUCAUCAUGUUCGUGUGGUCCUACUGGAAGACCAUUUUCACGACGCCAGCAAACCCAUCCAAGGAGUUCUCCUUGUCCAAAUCCGAUAAGGAGCAGUACGAGCGAGAAGAGAGGCCCGAGUCGCAGCAGGAGAUUCUCAGAAGAGCAGCCAAGGACCUGCCUCUCUACACCAGGACUGGCACCGGCGCCAUUAGGUACUGCGACCGGUGCCAGGUGAUUAAACCUGACAGAUGCCAUCACUGCUCGGCCUGUGACAUGUGUGUUCUGAAAAUGGACCAUCAUUGUCCUUGGGUGAACAACUGCGUGGGAUUUUCAAACUAUAAAUACUUCAUCCUGUUUCUGGGCUAUUCGCUGGUGUACUGUCUGUUCAUUGCUGCCACCGUUCUGCAGUAUUUCAUUAAAUUCUGGACCCUUUGCCGGAGGAAAUCCGCAGAGAAUUGUCCAAAGAAUGAUCUUCCAGACACUCACGCCAAAUUCCAUGUCUUGUUUCUCUUUUUUGUGGCCGCCAUGUUCUUCAUCAGUAUUCUGUCGCUCUUCAGCUACCAUGUUUGGCUUGUUGGAAAAAACAGAUCCACAAUAGAGGCAUUCCGAGCUCCUGUCUUCAGGAAUGGCCCGGAUAAAAAUGGCUUUUCCCUGGGAUUCGUCAAGAACGUAAAGGAGGUGUUUGGAGAUGAAAAGAAAUACUGGUUGCUGCCUGUUUUUACAAGCUUGGGGGAUGGAGUGACGUACCCCACCCGCCUGGUAAAUCUUGACCCGGAGCAGCCAGCCCUCGACAUCCAGCCCGAGUCGGCUAAAAGCAGUGUGGAUGGGCAGUGUCACCCCACAAGGCCCUUGAGUGAAUCCCAAAAUCGACUUCUGGGGAAUGAUCCCCAUUUGACAGAAGACAGCCUGGACGCAGACAGCCACAAAACAGCUGGAGGACAGGGCGCCUCGGUGUUGAUGGAGAGCGAGUCCUAACGGGAAGAGAGAAGCUGCAGUCUGAAGAGUGAGUUCCAGGAUGACAAGAGACGCCGGAGAGAGAAACGAGACUUGAACGAGAGCCGAGCCGUCAGGCCAGAUGCCUUAAGCUCCACGCUGACACCCUUAUCACGGACAGGAACGCAGACCUCAGAGCGCAUCGCAGUUGUGUUUUUAGAAAAUAAUGUCCUCUUCGGUAAGCGUGUUGCUGGCGUCCACCUGGUUUGUCAUCUUUGUCGCUUGCUGGAGAGGGCAGGAGAAGGAUCAAUGGUUUUUAAGUGUCUGUUGCACAUUUUCUCUGGGAGUAUUGGAAGAAUCCUGUUUUAACGCCAAAAAUAAUGGGAAAGUGUAUUGCACUAGGCCAAAUGUUUUUGUUUUUUAACCCUGUUUUUUAUUUUUAUUACAGUGUUUCUGUAAGAGUCAUCGGUGCUCAGUAUAUACUAAAAACAACUAUGUGCCAGAGCUCAGGAUGUUAAAUUAGGUUAAUUGCUAAUUGGAAGAUGUCCACGUGCUAAACUAGGAGUCUCAAGUCUUGACUGAGUCUGGUGCUACAUCUCAAUCUAAAAUAUCUGGAGGCUUUUAUAUCAGUUUUAUACCACUGUUGUUUUUACAGGCAGUCAUUAGGUUCUUUAAGGAAUUACAUUUAAGGAUGCAAGCACAGGCACUGUGUUCUGUCAGUGUUUGGACUGUUAAUACAUUUUCUUGGUACAGCUAAUUAGAUUGCAGACAAAAAAAGUGGAUCGUCUUGCAUUAUCGAUUUUGUCCUUUAAGUACUGUAACAGAAAAGGACGUUCCAAAUCUUGGAUCCCAACUGUCUUUGGAUAUUUGAAGUUGCCAGUCCAUUUCAAAACACUCCUAAACUACAUUCAAAAGAUCAUAUUUUGCAAUUUUAUUUAUUUGCGAUAAACCCAAUUAUUAAGAAUAUCGUCUCUUUUUUUUCUCUAUUGCCUUAUAGAUGUUCUAUUUAGAAGAUGCAUUUAGACAUAACAAACUGUUCACAGCUAACAAACAUCAUUAUUUAAAGCUGGAACGUGCCUUCGGUUGGACACCGGUAGUUGGUUUUAGAGCACUAAGCGAGAAGUAUUGGCUCUUACGGUUUACAGGAGUGCAGGUUACAGCCAGGUGCAGUAACCGUCCUGUCCACACGGUGUCCUCGUAGCGUGUGCAGUGUGUGUCGGCGGCGGCCUAAAGGCUGUUGGAAAGGGCUCGGAUAACACUAAACGUCCUUAAACACCACAGUGAAUGUAAUUUUUUUCGAUAUUGGGGAAACCUGGCUGGCCUCUUGAGCUGCACAUCAAGUCCAGUAACAUGGAGUAAAUGAGUAACAUUUAUAAGGAAAUUAUGAAGCUACCGGGGGGGAUUGUGCUUCACACGGUUUUUUUAUUUCGCAUCGGAAAUAACUGUUUUAACAUCAAUGGCAUAUUUGUUUUUACAGUCUGCUUAUUGUGAAAAGCCAUACCCGACUGGCUUGCAAACCCCAGCGCUUUUAAAGGCUGCUUUUUUGGGUAUCUUUAAAGUCGUGCCAUAAUAUGUUCACGUCUGUUUCAAAACCAAAUGGACAAGUGGAGUCGGUGAAGUGCCGGGAGGCCUUGGGGAAAUGAUCUUGUGCUGUCAUGUACUUUCUCUUAGUCCCCCUUCCCCUUAAAUGAAACGUUUUUUUGGACAGACUAAAACGCAUUCUUAACUGGUGCAUUGUAAGGGUUUGUUAGUGUCUGUUUCUGUAAAAAAAAAAAAAGGGCUGAACUUAAAACAUCUCAGUAUUCUGUUUACAUGUGUUCUCCUACAGUUUGCACACUCCUUUUGCACUACGAUUUCAACACUUCAUGGCACCUGGCUUUGGGCUCAGUGUUGCUGGCUGGCUGUCAGGCUGGGAGCGAGCUGGUGACGCACAAAGUUACAAACACUACUGGGUACUUCUAGUCACUCGCCUGUGGUCGCCUGUUCUCUUGUCAUUCUUACUGAAGCUGGGGGAGCUUGUUGAGCUACAGCUGCUCCCAGUCUCUCGCUGACUCGGCAAGUCCUCUGGCCAGUGUGAAACAAGAAGUAAAACCGCAGGCGUUUUCUCAUAUCUUGUCCUGGAGAGGCGUUGGAGGGAAAAACCUUAAUGGGAAUGAAGGUUGAAUUACAUUUAAAUGUCUUUUUUUUUUCUUCUUUAAGUUGUUUUAAGAGGGACUUGCAAAAGGGAAUGGUUCAUUAAAGGGACCCCAGCUUUGUUUUCCUGGUGCAGGUGGAAACACUUCAGUCACUUGUCCUGUCUCGUGAUCAUGCGCUACAUGAAUGUCACCCUUCAGUCACAGAUCCAGGUACAGCACAGUUCAGUAUCUCAGAAUAAGUGUCGUUUUUAUUUUUAACAUGAGAGCUGUGAAAGUCCUGCGUUUUGUACUUUUAAGUAAAGAAAAACCCCAUCGCAGAGGAAAAAAAAGGCAAGAAAAUGUUUUUAGCAUAACUUCCUGGGUAAGGCUUGACUUUGGUAUUAAAUCAUUAUGCGGUUCUCUUUGAACAGUGUAGUUUCAAACUCUCACUCCAUUUCUUCUCUAUUUUUAUUAAACGUAUAUAGUGGGCUGUUAUGACUUUUUUUUUUUAUUCUGGAAGACUGGGCUGUCUUUUUUUUUAAAAAGUACAUCAUUUGGGAGAGAAAUUGUACAUAAUGUAUAUGUUCUCUAUUGUACAGUUUAUACAGUCAGUAUAAGUCAAUAUUGCUUAUGCUUCAAAGCAAAUUAAAUGUAAAUUGGAAUUUGUACGUGUAUUCCAAGAUAGCCAUAUUUGUUUUACAAAUUUCUGCACUCCUUUUUUGAUAUAAAUUAUCACCUGAUUUAAAGGUGAUUUUGUAUUUGAUUUAGUUAUUCAUAUGCUGUUGAAAUGUAACUUAAAGCCAUAUGGAUGUUUGUCUAGCAAGAUACUCUUGGACCAUUAUACAAGUGUUAUGGGAAAUGUUACUUUUUUUUGUAGGCUUUUAAAAUAAAACAUUUGUUUUGCAUGUAUACGCAUGUGUGUAGUCUGCUUUCCCCCCAGGACAGAUCGUUUUUCAUGUUGUUCACAAGUAAAAGGUCACUGCACAUUUUCUGUAAUUCACCUUCCUGUUCAAGUUUUGUGACUGGGCUACACAUUGGAUGUGAAGAGGUGACAAUAAACAUUUGUGAUCUCC